AGCCAAUCAUAAGCAAAAAUACAAAAAGAGUCUCAGCUCUUCUUCUUCGUUGGCUGACAGACACACACACACAGAAGAGAAAAACAGAGUGUUUUUUUUUUCAGGCAGCGAACGAUUCAACCGCAGUAUUUUCCGGCAAGAAAAAAGAUGGGUCAUUGAAAGGGACUGAAAAAUUCAAGAAGCAUUACAUUGUUACGCUUUUGUUUGUUUUAUUGAUCAGGUCUUCUCAAGAAGAUCUGAUAAGAAGUGGGUCAUCGUUAAUUUUUAACCCAAACAAGAAAAGUUAUGAGUGCUUCCAGGUUUAUCAAGUGUGUUACAGUGGGUGAUGGUGCUGUUGGAAAGACUUGUCUUUUGAUUUCUUACACCAGCAAUACUUUUCCUACGGAUUAUGUGCCCACUGUGUUCGACAAUUUCAGUGCAAAUGUGGUUGUCAAUGGAGCCACUGUCAACCUAGGGUUGUGGGAUACUGCUGGACAGGAGGACUACAACAGAUUAAGACCUCUGAGUUACCGUGGGGCCGAUGUUUUCAUUUUGGCAUUCUCUCUCAUUAGUAAAGCCAGCUAUGAGAAUGUCUCCAAGAAGUGGAUUCCUGAGUUGAAGCACUAUGCUCCUGGUGUCCCAAUUGUACUUGUUGGAACAAAACUUGAUCUUCGGGAUGACAAGCAAUUUUUCGUAGACCAUCCUGGUGCUGUGCCGAUUACUACUGCUCAGGGUGAGGAGCUAAGGAAAACAAUAGGUGCACCAUCUUACGUUGAAUGUAGUUCAAAAACACAACAGAAUGUGAAAGCUGUGUUUGAUGCUGCCAUUAAGGUCGUCCUCCAGCCUCCCAAGACGAAGAAAAAGAAGGGGAAAUCUCAAAAGGCCUGCUCGAUAUUGUGAUCAACUAUAGGUCCAACGAUAAUGGCUCAUCAUAAUUCCCGUUGUAACAUCCCCCCCCCCCCUUAUAUCCCUUUGUCUCGGAGGAAGUAGAAGGUUCUCAUCUGUCUUAUUCGGAACUACUAACGAUCCCUCAAAAAGUGUUUCAGGUGGCUUGGUUUUUCUGUAUAAUUGUUGUUCACCAUGUAGGCCACUCCAGUGUUUCCUUUGUUUUGAUUUGAUUUAUGUAUUAACAACUGAAUGAUCCUCAGUUAGGAAAACAAAUUCUUUUUGGAAUGUUGGGCUUCUCUGUGUU